AAGUCGUGAGUUAGUUUCUGUGUAAGAAAUGUUAAAAAUUCUCUGAUAUUUCUCGUCUGUUGGACUGCAAGCUGCCAGUAUGGAUCCAGCAUUACUCCGGGAACGGGAGGCCUUCAAAAAGCGGGCUCUGGCCACGCCUGCAGUGGAGAAACGCAAGCCCAAAUCUGACGACUUUUCCUCCAGAAAACCGGCUAAAAAGGCGAAGCCAUCAGCUUUCUCUGCCAUUUCCUCUAGCAAACCUAAACAUGGGAAAUCCGGCAGUUUUGACUACAAAACGGCGCCGGGGACGUCUCAAUACAAGUUCAGCGUGCUUGCCAAGAUCAUAAACUACAUGAAAACUCGUCACCAAAAUGGGUACACGCAUCCGCUGUUGUUGGAGGAAAUUCUGGACGAAACGAAACAGCUGACGGUCACCAUUGCCACCAAAAACUGGCUCGGGACGGAAGCUCUUCCUAACAACCCUAAGAUACAGCGUCUGCCAGACGGAAAGUUCGUCUUUAAGCCGAAGUACCACAUGAAAGACAAGAAGGCCCUCCUAAGACUACUAGACAAGCACGAUCAGAACGGGCUGGGUGGGAUUCUGCUGGAAGAUGUGCAGGAAGGCUUGCCGAAGUAUGAGAAAGCAAUCAAGGCUUUGGGAGAUCGGGUCCUGACCAUCACUCGACCAAUCGACAAGAAGAAAGUCCUCUUCUAUAACGACAAAGACUGCCAGCUCAACAUAGAUGAAGAAAUCCAGAAGCUGUGGCGUUCUGUAGCUGUAGACUCCAUGGAUGAGAAGAAGAUAGAAGAGUACCUGAACAGACAAGGCAUCAGCUAUGUACAGGAUACAGGGAAGAAAAUAGCUCCAAUGCAGAAGAGGAAAAAGGUUGGGAAUCGUAAGAGGAAGUUCAAGACGCUGAAUGACCACAUGGGUAAUGUACUGGUGGACUACACCAGCCAGGGAGCGUCGGAACUGGGAGGGAUCAAGACUGGUUAGGGUGGAGGCUCUGGGAUGGGAAAGACUUUUUAAUGACUAUUAUCCUUUCAUCAAUAUAAUUUCUAUUGAUAGAUCCUGAAUUUGCCCGUUUGCUAAACCAUAUGCUGCUUUUCAUUGCACAUUGUAUACAAGGGUGAUGGUUUGGUAUGACGUUUCAACCAUAUAUUUCUGCAAAACUGUCAGCUUCAAACCAAGUAGACAGAGUGAGUAGGCAUGGCGGAAGGAUGCCAAAGUACCUUUUUUUCUAUAUAACGUUGUUGCUGCAGGACUAGUGUAGUAAUGUAAAGGAUACAUUCCAACAUGACAUACACACUCAAAGUGUGAAAACAAUUACAAAAAAAUAUGUGUAUAGUUCUGUCACUUACAUGACCUGUAAAAUAAAACAUUUUUAAAUGAA